AGUGCUGACCACAGCACCCGGGAAGUGGCUGAGGGAAGCUGUGCAGAGCAGCACUGGCCAUGGGGACAGUGGCCCCAGUCCUUUUGGUACUGCUCAGCCUAAGAGUGACUAUUUGUGAUGCUGAGGACACCUGCUCAGAGGUGAGAAUAGUGGGACUGCGUGAUGCUGACCGACUUGCCAUUCUUCAAGGAUGUCCAGGGAUCCCAGGUGUCUCUGGCCCAAAAGGAGAAGCAGGUCUCCCAGGAACAAAAGGAGAAACGGGAGACCAGGGAUUCCCUGGGAAAGCAGGACCACCUGGUGCAAAAGGAGCACCUGGAGAGCCUGGUUUCCCAGGACUGAAAGGAACAAAAGGAGAGCCUGGAUUUCCAGAAAUAUGGGAACCAGAGAACUGCAAAGAACUGUUGGCCAAAGGGAAGAUUUUCAGUGGCUGGUACACAAUCUACCCCCAAGACUGCAAUGCCACCACCGUCUUCUGUGACAUGGACACGGAUGGUGGGGGAUGGAUUGUUUUUCAGAGGCGCUGGGAUGGGUCAGUGAACUUCUUGCGAGAUUGGGAUUCAUACAAACGAGGCUUUGGCAACCAGCUGACGGAGUUCUGGAUGGGGAAUGACAACAUCCACUUCCUCACCUCUCUGGGACCCUGUGAACUCCGUGUUGACCUCAGAGACUUUGAGAACAACUACUAUUUUGCCAAGUAUGCUUCAUUCAGAGUUUUAGGAGAGUCAGAGAAAUACAGACUGAUUCUAGGAGACUUCCUUGGUGGAAACGCUGGGGACUCCUUAUCGUACCACAGAGACAUGCCAUUUUCAACAACAGAUCACGACAAUGACAUGAGUUCCUUUAACUGUGCCACAGAAUAUAAGGGAGCGUGGUGGUACAAUGACUGCCAUUACUCCAACCUGAACGGGAUGUACUGGAUGGGUGCACAUGGGAGCUAUGCUGAUGGCAUCAACUGGAAGACAGGCAAAGAAUACCAUUACUCCUAUAAGCAAACAGAAAUGAAGUUCAGGCCAGUUUAACAUGGUGACAGGGUGCCUGACUAGGUCCAAGAGGUGCCACUCACCCACCAACAGAAGACACAAAAAAAUGUUGCUUGGGGACAAAAAUGGACCAGAAAGAGUAUUACAGGUUGUCCCUUCUGCCUAGAGCAGGAUUUUUGAAGCCAGAAGCGGUACUGGUUUGCGUUUCUGUAAGCACCAGAUCCUGACCCUCUCUCACCCUGAGUACCUUCAGCAGCCCCACUAAUGCAGACUGAGCCCAAGUACCUUCUUCUGAAAAGUGUGUUAUCUUGAUUUAAAGACCAGGUGAUGAGUGGAGCCAGUGCACCUCAGUAAAGCCCUCUGAUAUUACUACCCUAAAUGGUAAUUACUGCUAAUCUCCAGUAUAAUCCAUGUAUAUGAAGACUCCAAUUUGCAUGCAGCCUCUUUCUAUCCAAGAGCCAUCCAAAAGGCACUGAAUUCCUGACCUGUCCCACUCUCCCCGCAGGCUGUGAUGGAGCCACAACAUAGAACAGCAUGGAAAAGACUGAGCUUCCAGCACAGUGUGUAGGAAUCCACAAAAUCAGAGGGUUUUGGGAAAGCUGCAAAAGGCAGGCCUCAGAGGCAGCAGAACUGUGAUUAGAGCUAAGCAGUAGCCAUGAGAUAGGUCAGCAGAAAAAUUAUUUAAAAAUUAGAAAAGCAAGGACAAAUAGAACAAUGGUCUGUGUAUUAACGCUUGUCUAGAAUAACUCCCUAAGCUACAGAAAAGUUUAUCUAGCAAGAUAUUAGGAAGUUUGAAGCUUAAUAAUGGAGCUGUGUGCAUUGUGUUUUAAUGCUUACAAGUAGGUAUUGUAUUCAAAAUAGCAAACAUUGUUUUAACCAAAGGUACGUGUGCUUAUAGGUUGGAUAGAACUACUGUCAAUGAGCUUUCUGCUUUGUGUGAUUGGUCAAAAAACUUCUAAAGUUGUAACAUUAAGUUCUUGGUCUGCUGCUUGGGAUGUGAGCUGCUGGCAUCUUCCUACUGUCAUAACCAUGUAAUGAGAUUGAUGCUGAAAAAUAAAACAGCUCAAGGCACGGUCCACAGC